CGAUCUUAAUGCCCCUUCACGUCAUGUAACGCACACCUAGCCGUGGAUUAUCCCUUCCAUAUAUUUAUGGGUCUUUGUAUGAUAGUUUUCUAAAAGUAGUCUUCAUUGCAGGGUUUUGCAUAGAACUUCUGGUUCCCUCAAAGAGGUGAACUCAAGAAACCACCUUUUAUAGUGUGGAAGAAUGUAGGAAAUAGCUUUUAUCCGUUUUUCAGUUCCAUCCCUUAUGUUUUCUGUUUAUUUAAGGAUAUGUGUAGCUUCAUUCAAGUUCAUGCUUUGUGUACAUGUUCAAUUUGCUUCAUUUUGCGGUAUACUCUAUAUAAAUGAUAAGUUGUAUCCGUUCCUUUUUUUUUUUUUUUUGCUUCAUGUUUAUUCAUAUUAGGGGCCCAAGAACUCUCAUACCUGUGUUAGAACCUCUUUUCCUUAUUAUUCUUCUUCUUCUCCUUUUCCGCUCUCUUUCUCCGAAAUGAAUCAUGCAGAGCAAGCCGUAUGUUGUACAGAAGUGACGUUGGGUCAGUAUUCUCAUCGGAGUACUGGGGUAAGUGAGAUGAAUCUGAUUGCCCUGAUGGUGGCAUUACAGCAUUUUGUGUUUUGUUCCAUAUCGUGAGAAUAUUGAGUUACAGGGCGAUUUAUUUAUUUAUCUAUUUAUUGUCUGAUAGCAAACCAGUUUGUAAUUUGGAUGGCGCAUCUGCACAAAAAUAUGGUGAUCUUUGUGAAGGGUGCUCGGACCCCGCAGCUCUCUUGUGGCUCUAUGUUUUUUGUUUUGUUUUUUUUAUUAAAGAUCUCGUAUCGACUUAUUUAUUCAUUUCUUCAGCUGAUUACAAAUUAACCAUUGUUUUAUUAUAGGUGGUAAAUGCGAGUUAUUGAUACUCACUUGUGUAUUGGCUCUACCUUUGCUGACAGCUUUUUUUUCCUUUUAAGUGUCAAAGUGCACACAUGUUUUUUUGUGCUCCAAAGUCCCUGACAUAUCUCACACACACACACACACACACAAGUGGAGCUUGAUCCUUAGAGUCUCUUAGAUUAAUGGCAACUGCAGAAUGGAUUCAAAUCAUUUUUUCUAUUUGAAACUUACAAGAACUUACGAAGAAGAAGAAAAUAUUUAACUUUUCUCUUUGUUUGUCCAUAGCUCACUCUUAUGUAAUAUGAAAUGGCAUGUCAUAUUACAUAGAUAUUACAUAGUUAGAUUAGCCUGAACCGGAUUACAGAUUUAAAUUCAUCUCCACAUGGGCAAACUCCUGUCUUAACUGCAAAGGAAUUGCUCUGCUCUAGCUCAAGAUGAUCGACUUUAGCCAGAUAUUAUCAGCUAUUGGGGAUUUCGGCCCAUUCCAGAAGCGCCUGCUUGGGGUAAUAUGCCUCCCCAACAUCUUCUCAGCUUUUCACAUGUUUGUCCAGGUGUUUACUGGCCUGAAUUCCCCACACAACUGUAAUACUGACUGGAUUCGGAAACAAGGGCCGAACCUGACUUACGAGGAGCAGUUAAAUUUGACAGUUCCUAAAGACCCAGCUGGCAAGUAUGAGAGCUGUCAAAUGUUCACUCCUGUUGAACUUGAACUUGAAGUUAUUGAAGCCUAUGGACUAAACGCAACAGAGGAAUGCAAAGAUGGCUGGAUUUACCAAGUGCCUCAAGGGACUAGCACCUUAAUUACAGAGUUUGACUUGGUGUGUGGCAGUAAGAGUCUGAAUGAGACCUCGCAAUCUAUCUACAUGGCUGGACUCCUCAUUGGGGCUCUGCUGUUUGGGCCAAUGUCUGACAAAUAUGGCCGGCGUUUUGUCUUGUUACUCUCAUUGGCGGUGCAGUUCUUGUUCGGUGUGGGUGCUGCUUUCUCCCCCAACUUCUAUGUUUACAUUGCUCUUCGUUUUGUGGUUGGCAUCACUAUAUCCGGCAUCACCAUCACUACCAACAUCAUAGGCCCUGAGUGGUGUGGUCCAUCUCGUCGGGCCCUCUUCACCAUCCUGUCUCACUCUUGCUAUGCCCUGGGGCUGAUGUUACUAUCCGGCUUGGCGUACGGCAUCCGCAAUUGGAGGAUCCUCCAAUUAGUUGUGUCCGCUCCAAAUCUGGUCUUCGGCGUCUACUUCUGGAUCCUGCCAGAGUCGGCUCGAUGGCUCCUCACCCAGGGCAGACAAGAGGAAGCCAAGAAGAUAAUCCUGAAUGCAGCCCGGGUCAACGGCAGGAAAGUUUCAGAAUCUCUGCUUGAAAGGCUGGAGGCAGAGAACACGGUCAGAACUGGCAACAUGCUGGACCUUUUCCGAGUGAGGAAUCUGAGAAAAAGGACCUUGAUCAUGUGCUACAUCUGGUUUGUGAUCAGCCUGGUGUACUAUGGGAUCAGUCUGAAUGUGGGAAACUUUGGCCUGGACAUCUACCUGACGCAGUUCAUCUUUGGCAUUGCAGAGCUUCCUGCUCGUCUAAGCUGCUACCCACUCGUUGAACGCUUUGGCAGAAGGAAAUCUCAGAGUGCAGCGUUACUCCUCGGGGGAACUGCGUGUCUGGUCAUUCUUGCCAUCCCAGCAGAGUACCCCAUAGCGGUGACUGUCAUAGCGGUGGUGGGCAAAUUCUCAAUCGCUGCCUCCUUUACCAUAGUCUAUGUGUAUACUGCUGAGCUGUACCCCACUGUCGUGAGGCAGAAUGGGGCGGGAUUAAACGCCAUGUUUGCCCGUGUGGGUGGGAUUCUGGCUCCUCUAAUUGGUCUCUUGGAUGUCUAUCAUCACGCCAUUCCAAUGGUAAUCUAUGGGAGUUUACCAUUUCUGGCUGGAGCACUUUGCUUUAUGCUUCCCGAGACCCUGAACACCGAGCUUCUGGAUCACACUGACACUCUCAUGGAUAAGAACAUGAGGUCAAAGACGGGAAGUGUUGAAAACGGAAGAAACGACCAAGAAAUGACUGAAGAGUCACCACAGGACACUGAAUUAUAAAGCAGUGUUUGAAGAAAUAUUUUCAGAAACGUGUGUUGAAUUAUUUGCCAUGUCAUUGAUCACAUAUUGUUGAAGAAAUACCGAAAGACCAAAGUAAGCGUGUUCCAAACAUCCUCUAAUGACGACAAAAGAGCUUGUGGAUAUAUGUGCUGUAAAUAAAAUAAAAUUUAAUUAAAAAAAACCCCGAAAUAUGUAUUUCUAUAAAACAUCCCCAAAGUCUAGCAGCUUGUCGACACUACUCAUGAGUUUUAUUCAUUUUUCUGUUGUGUAUUUGACCAAAGGUUCAGUAUUAAUACAUAAUACAGCUCUAAGACUCUUUGACUUGACUAUUGAUGGAUUUCUAGUGAACACAGAAAUAAAUACAGAUGCGCUUCACCCGUCCUGCUGACGGAGGAAGACGUUAUAAAACGUAUUUUUGUUCAUGGAAUAAAGAAUGACAGCACAUUUUAUUUGAUCGUUUUUGUUCGAUUUCUUGGAAUUGUGUUAAGGGUGAUGGAUUUUAUUGUCUUGUAUCGUUACUUUCUUUCAAUGCCUUGGUUUCAAAACACAGACAGAGUUAUUGUGAAAAACCUAGCAUUUUUCUUAGCAUUAUGUUUAAAAUUAACAGUGAAGAAUCAAAUAUUAAAUCUCAUUUUAUUUUCA